AUCUAGCACAACUGAGCUGAACGCACAGACAUCUUCACUGAGCGGGGUUUUAAUACAUUAGAUCUCCUCCUCAGUUCCCUUCUGGAUUAAAGAAAAAUGUGAAGACCCUGGUGAGGUACUGGACAACAAAGUUAACCUUCACACUACAAGGAGGAAGGUUUUGCUGUCGGAUAUUCCUUUACGCUCUUCCUUUUCUCCCGUCACCUUGCGGGUCCCUCGGAUCAUGGGGGGACAGCAGGCUUCACAGAGGACUUUGAAACAAAGCCCUGCACAGGGUUCCGCAUUGUCCUUGGCCGGCUUUUUGUUAGUCUUAACCUUGCCAGUAGUGUUAAGUGAACUGUCUUUUACAACAUUUUACCCUGAGCACCGAGAAUGGGCCUUUAACCACCUGACAGUUCACAAGAUGACAGGAGCACUCUAUAUUGGUGCUGUCAAUCGCAUCUACAAGUUAUCAGGCAACCUGACACUCCUAGUUUCCCAUGAUACUGGUCCAGAAGAUGACAACAAGGCCUGCUACCCACCACUGAUCGUUCAGCCAUGCACUGAACCACUAGUUUCUACCAGCAACAUCAACAAACUUUUGCUUAUCGACUACUCCCAGAACCGACUGCUUGCUUGUGGGAGCCUGUACCAAGGUGUAUGUAAACUGCUACGGUUGGAUGACCUUUUCAUUCUAGUGGAGCCCUCUCACAAAAAGGAGCACUACCUCUCUAGUGUGAACCAGACAGGAACCAUGUAUGGAGUCAUUGUGCCGUCUCAGGGUAAGGAUGGGACGCUCUUCAUUGGUACAGCUGUGGAUGGAAAACAAGAUUACUUUCCAACCAUAUCCAGCCGUAAACUUCCGCGUGACCCGGAGUCUUCUGCUAUGUUGGACUAUGAGCUUCACACCGACUUUGUCUCAUCGCUCAUCAAGAUCCCCUCAGAUACGCUGGCAUUGGUCUCUCAUUUCGAUAUCUACUACAUCUAUGGCUUUGCCAGUGGCAAUUUCGUCUACUUUCUGACCGUGCAACCAGAGACGCCAGAGAACAGCAUGUCUUCCAGUGGGCCCUCAAAUGACCUGUUUUACACCUCCCGCAUUGUCCGGCUCUGCAAAGAUGACCACAAAUUCCACUCCUACGUGUCGCUACCAAUAGGUUGUGUCCGAAAUAGAGUAGAGUACCGUCUUUUGCAGGCGGCCUACCUGGGCAAGCCUGGGCGAGUGCUUGCGGGAUCCCUCAACAUUAGCGCUCAGGAUGAUGUGCUUUUUGCUGUCUUUUCCAAAGGUCAGAAGCAGUACCACCACCCACCGGACGACUCUGCCCUCUGCGUCUUUUCCAUCCGGGACAUCAAUGCUCAUAUCAAAGAACGCAUGCAGUCCUGCUAUCAGGGAGAGGGAAACCUGGAGCUCAACUGGCUGUUGGGAAAGGAUGUACCUUGUACCAAAGCGCCUGUGCCUAUUGAUGACUCCUUCUGUGGUUUGGACAUCAACCAGCCCCUUGGCGGCUCUCAGCUGGUGACCGGACACGCACUGUAUACAGAAAGCAGGGAUCGCAUGACCUCGGUGACCUCCUACGUCUACAACGGCUACUGUGUGGCUUUUGUUGGCACCAAGAGUGGGCGGCUGAAAAAGAUCCGAGUUGAUGGUCCUCCUCAUGGUGGUGUCCAAUAUGAAACUCUGCCAGUCAUUAAAGAUGGAAGCCCUGUUCUCAGAGACAUGGCUUUCUCCCUGGACAACAGCUACAUCUACGUCAUGUCAGAGAGACAGGUGACGCGGGUGCCGAUAGAGUCGUGUGAGCAGUACGGCACGUGUGGAGAGUGUUUGAGCUCAGGAGAUCCACACUGUGGCUGGUGUGUGCUGCACAACAUGUGUUCACAGAGGGAUCGUUGCGAGAAAGCAAAUGAGCCAUAUCGCUUCGCUGCCACACUAAUGCAGUGUGUAAAAGCCACGGUGUACCCGGACAGCAUCGCAGUGUCUGAACCCAGUGUACCGCUGCUAGUGAAAGUGUCAGAUGUUCCGGAUCUUUCCGCUGGAAUCACCUGCUCUUUUGGGAACCUGACAGAAGUUGAAGGAAGAGUGAAUGGGAAUCAGAUUCUAUGCACCUCUCCUGCCGCUAAAGAUGUUCCCAUCAUCCCCACCGAUCAAGACUGGUCUGGUGUGGAGCUCAGACUGAACUCAAAGGAAACGGGUCAGAUACUGAUUAGCACCGAAGUGAAGUUCUACAACUGCAGCGUGCACCAGCUGUGUCUUUCCUGUGUGACCAGUUCAUUCCGAUGUCACUGGUGUAAGUACAGAAACCUCUGUACCCACGACCCCUCCAGCUGCUCCUUUCAGGAGGGACGCGUCAAUGCUUCUGAGGACUGUCCUCAGCUUGUCCGCUCUGAAGAGAUUCUGAUCCCGGCAGGGGAGGUGAAGCCAAUCACCUUGAAAGCCCGGAACCUUCCGCAGCCUCAAUCGGGUCAGCGCGGGUAUGAGUGUGUGUUACACAUACAAGGAGUCAGUCACAGGGUCACCGCGCUCAGGUUCAACAGUUCCAGUGUUCAGUGCCAGAACAGCUCGUAUCUGUAUGAAGGGAUGAGAAUUAGUGAGCUGCCGGUGGAUUUUUCGGUGGUCUGGAAUGGAAACUUCAUUAUAGAUAAUCCUGAGAACAUCAAAGUGCACCUGUAUAAGUGUGGUGCUCAGAGGGACAGCUGUGGUGUGUGUUUGAAGGCCGAGAGGAAGUUCCAGUGUGGCUGGUGCAGUAUGGAGGGCCGCUGUACCCUACGCCAGCACUGCCCCAUGUCCAACCCAUACACCAGCCGCUGGCUACACCUCGCCAGCACCAACGUGAAGUGCACCAACCCUCGCAUCACAGAGGUGACCCCAAUGGCCGGACCCCCAGAAGGAGGCACCAGAGUAACCAUCCAUGGUGUGAACCUGGGUCUGUCCUUCUCCGACAUGGUCAACAAUGUGCAGGUGGCAGGCAUCCAGUGCACCCCACAGGAGAACGGCUACAUCAUUGCUGAACAGAUUGUGUGUGAGAUGGAUGCUACUCCUGCAGACAGCAAACCCGGUCCAGUUCAUUUGUGCGUUGGGGAGUGUAAGCCAGAGCUCCAGACCCGUUCUUCCCAGCUCUAUUCCUUUGUGAUGCCGUCUGUCACUGGGUUGUCCCCCAGUCGGGGUCCAGAGUCCGGAGGAACUAAGGUGACCAUCAUGGGAGUAAACCUUGGAGCAGGCAGCAGCGUCACUGUGCUUUUUGGAAACCAGACUUGCGAGUUUUACAAACGAACUAUGACGGAGAUCUUGUGUUAUUCAGCCCCUUCACUAACGGGGAUUGGUCCCGUUCAGAUCAGCGUGAGCGUGGAUCGCGCUCAGGUCAGGGAGAGCCUGACAUUUGAGUAUAUAGAUGACCCAACUGUUCAACGCAUCGAACCAGAGUGGAGCAUCGCUAGUGGACACACGCCUCUGGUGGUGACCGGGACGAACUUGGAUGUCAUACAGGAGCCGAGGAUUCGGAUCAAGUAUGGUGGGCGAGAAUCCGUAAACGUGUGUAAAGUUCUGAACACCACUUCUAUGAGCUGUUUCGCUCCUUCUUUGAUGGCCGAGUACAGGCCUGGUCUGGACUCAGUCAAGCACGCAGAUGAGUUUGGCUUUAUCUUCAAUAACGUGCAGGCUCUUCUAGUGUACAACAACACUAACUUCCUGUACUACCCUAACCCUUACUUCGAACCGCUCAGCACCAAUGGCAUACUGGAACAGAAACCUGGCUCCCCUAUUAUUUUAAAGGGUAAGAACCUGGUUCCUGCUGCCUCUGGAGGUGUGAAGCUUAACUACACCGUUCUCAUAGGAGAGACUCCCUGUUCUGUCACCAUAUCUGAAACUCAGCUGCUGUGCGAGCCGCCUAACCUCACCGGCCAGUACAAAAUCAUGGUGCAGGUUGGUGGUCUUCACGUGUCCCCAGGCUCAAUUAACAUCCUCUCUGACAGUCUCCUGACUCUCCCUGCCAUUGUCAGCAUCGCUGCUGGCGGUGGUCUUCUGCUCAUCAUCGUCAUCCUAGUGCUGAUCGCCUACAAGCGUAAAUCCCGUGAGAAUGACCUCACCCUCAAGAGACUCCAGAUGCAAAUGGACAACCUGGAGUCCAGAGUCGCUUUGGAGUGCAAGGAAGCUUUUGCAGAACUGCAGACAGAUAUCAAUGAGUUAACCAGUGAUCUGGACCGAGCUGGUAUCCCUUAUCUGGAUUACCGCACCUAUGCCAUGAGAGUCCUGUUUCCCGGAAUCGAGGACCAUCCUGUGCUCAGAGAACUGGAGGUGUCUGGUAAUGGGCAGUUGAGUGUGGAGAAAGCUCUUAAGCUGUUUGCCCAGCUGAUAAACAACAAAGUAUUUUUGUUAACAUUCAUCCGCACGCUGGAAAUGCAGCGCUCCUUCUCCAUGCGUGACCGUGGCAACGUGGCGUCUCUCAUUAUGACGGCUCUCCAGGGUCGACUCGAGUACGCCACGGAUGUGCUGAAACACCUGCUGUCUGACCUCAUCGACAAAAACCUGGAGAGCAAGAACCACCCCAAACUACUGCUUAGAAGGACGGAGUCUGUAGCUGAGAAGAUGCUAACCAACUGGUUUGCUUUCCUGCUUCAUAAGUUUCUGAAGGAGUGUGCAGGUGAGCCUCUCUUCAUGCUCUAUUGUGCUAUCAAACAGCAGAUGGAAAAAGGCCCAAUAGACGCCAUCACAGGAGAGGCGCGAUACUCUCUCAGCGAAGACAAACUCAUCAGACAACAGAUUGACUACAAGACACUGAUCUUAAACUGUGUCAACCCAGAGAAUGAGAACAGCCCAGAGAUCCCUGUGAAGGUUCUGAAUUGUGACACAAUCACUCAAGUCAAGGAGAAGAUUCUUGAUGCUGUGUAUAAGAACAUGCCCUAUUCACAGAGACCCAAAGCUGUGGACAUGGAUCUGGAGUGGCGACAGGGACGUAUGGCCCGAGUGGUCUUGCAGGAUGAAGACAUCACUACUAAGAUUGAAAAUGAUUGGAAGAGGCUCAAUACUCUAAUGCAUUAUCAGGUAUCAGACCGCUGUGUGGUUGCUUUGGUACCUAAGCAGACAUCCUCCUACAACAUUCCACCCACAAGCAUCUCCAGGACUUCAAUAAGUCGAUAUGACUCGACGUUCCGGUAUACAGGAAGUCCAGACAGCCUGCGGUCUCGUGCUCCCAUGAUCACCCCGGACCUGGAGAGUGGAGUUAAAGUCUGGCACCUGGUGAAGAACCAUGAGCAUGGUGACCAGAAGGAAGGAGACCGAGGCAGCAAGAUGGUAUCUGAGAUCUACCUCACCCGCCUGCUAGCUACUAAGGGUACUCUGCAAAAAUUUGUGGAUGAUUUGUUCGAGACUCUUUUCAGUACGGUGCACAGAGGCAGUGCACUUCCGUUAGCUAUUAAAUACAUGUUCGACUUCCUGGAUGAACAAGCAGACAAGCACGGCAUCCAUGACACUGACGUCCGCCACACCUGGAAAAGCAACUGCCUUCCUCUGCGUUUCUGGGUGAAUGUGAUCAAGAAUCCCCAAUUUGUGUUUGACAUCCAUAAGAGCAGCAUCACGGAUGCGUGUCUGUCCGUGGUGGCUCAAACCUUCAUGGACUCUUGUUCCACAUCUGAACACAGACUGGGCAAAGACUCACCCUCUAAUAAGCUGCUUUAUGCUAAAGAUAUCCCCAACUACAAGAACUGGGUAGAAAGGUACUAUGCUGACAUCAACAGACUGCCAGCCAUCAGCGAUCAGGACAUGAAUGCCUAUUUGGCAGAACAGGCACGACUGCACUCCAAUGAGUUUAACAUGCUCAGUGCUCUCAAUGAGAUUUACUCCUACAUUAGCAAGUACAGUGAAGAGAUCACGGCUGCAUUGGAACAGGACGAGACGGCGAAGAAACAGCGACUGGCUUACAAAGUGGAGCAGCUCAUCGGCGCCAUGUCAUUGGAGAGCUGAGAACUAAACAAAUGCUGUAAUGAAGGAUGGAAGACCUUCAAACAAUCAAACCACCAUCCAAAGCCUCUCCUAGAGAAAGAGAGCAAUGGCUAGAGACCUUACACCAACAAUAGCUUGAGAUUUUUAUUACAUGUUUGUGAAGUCAAGAGGUUCUCAAGACCAAUGGAAACCAUAGAUUUCUGUUUAUGUCUGUUUUUAAAAAAAGCAAAGUGGGAUGAGCAGCUUCCUGGAACGUAAGGUUUAAUUUUUUUAUUUUUUUGGGGGGGGGUUGUUUUUUUGUGUGGCUGGUUUGAUGUGCCUAGCACUGAUUAACACAAAGGAUGCCAGACUUCUCAAGCAAUUUAUGGAUUUCAAAAGACGCUGAUACUUCCUCGAGAAAUGCACUUGCUAAAACCAUUUCAGGAGUAUUCGACAGAGGAAAACAGACAACUACUGCCUCGCCAUGAUGGUCCAGUUGAUGGCUUUUACUUCCAAAUGUUAUUUUUAUACACAAGUUUUUUUAAGUUUGUUUCGUUGCAGUGUGCCUCUUGAGUCUUAAUGGCAUAGUGACGCUUGUAUAUGCAUUGUUGGCAUGAUGAAAGUUCAAGUCUCUUUCUAUCAUCGGAAAGCAGCAGCUGUUACCAACACAUGUGCAUGCUAGUACACGCUAGUACAAACUUUGACUUUUCAGUCUCCUGGCUUUACAGACCAGUAGGAAAUCCAUAUUGUCUGAGAUAUCCAACGAACCUCCAACAAAAAGGGGCCAAAGUUCAACCAGCAUGUCCAUUUGGCCCAAACUCUUUUACAUUUCCUAGGAUUGCCAUGUAUUGACAGCGAAGGACCAGAAACCAGUGUCGAACUGGGUUAAGAAACUCCGCUAUGGCCUCUCUGUGUGUUUAUGUCCCGUUUUCUACAUGUAAGCAUAUGUGAGUGUACAAACGUUACUCUAUUUUGUCUUUGCAUUUUUGUUGCUUUUCUACAAAUGGGAGUCAGUUGAGCUGAUCUCCAUGGCACAUCCUGAAGAAUUUAUAUGCUCCAUAAUCCCCCAUCUCCAUAAUAGCGCUGCCAAAAUUCUCAUAUGAUAUGAAUGCACCAACGAGUAGCACCUUCAAGCAGAAAUCACACAUGGAGAACCUUCUUCCCUUUCAAAAGAAUGGACUCAAAUGAGUGGAUAAUCUUACCAGAGAGUAUUAAUUAUUAUGUAUGGUCCAAUGUGUGUGCUUAGUCUGCAUGCAUUAUACAGUACCUCAUAUUUAAAAAUAAAAAAAUAUAUUCUCUGUUCCCAUCUACAUAUAUUUUCAAAUGCCAAGAGAUCACAUGAGUUGUGGAUGACUCAAGGAAAGGCGAUGAUGUAAUAUACCGCUAUAUCACUUCCUGUCUGUACACAUAGUGCUACCCAGUCUGGACCUGUUGGGAUUAAUUGCCAAAAGAUCACUUUAAAUUAUUCACAGACUUGUCUGUUGAUGCUUAAGUAGAUGGCAAGGAUGCUUACAGGGGCACUUGCGAAAUCAGGUAUGAAAAGACCAUGAGCUUGGAACAGUAUUUAUAAAUAUAAAGUAUUUGUAAAAUACUUCAGAUGUCUGGAAUCUUGCUAGCUUGAGUGGGUUUUUUUCUUUUUCUUUUUUUCUUUUUUCUUUUUGGUUUCGUCUUUCAUUCCCCCGUCUGACAUGAAAUAUGUCAACAUAAGCAUAAACAAACAACAACAUAGCUUUUAUUUAUAAUGCAUAAUGGCAGGUAGGGCUGUUUUUGAAGAUAAUUCUAACCAAAAUAGACAAGGUCGUUCAGGUAGGUGUCAGUUUAAGUUCACCACAGCAUUACGGAGAAUUCUGUCUGAGCCAAGACCGAACACACAAGAAUGAUGCUUCACUUUACAGCACUUUUAACCAGACCUCAAUCUUCACUUAUCCUUAUAGCCCUGUUUUAUUUUAUGCAAUGCAGUAUGGGACUAUUAAAGGUGAUGUGUGUCAUUUCUACAUGUUUAAUUACUUUUUAUCCCAGCUUAAAAUGGAGAGACGACUGUAAGUAAGCCAUUCUAGGUUGAUUUCCCGAGAAGUGUGUACUGUUUAUUUGAGCAUCCCAAAUGGCCCAACAUAGCAACAUUGGCUCGACCAAUGGUGUGAGCUUGGUAAGGGACUACUUGUUUGACCGACCAAUGGAACAUACAGUGAGUGUUCGGGAAACAUGUUUAAAAAUCAUAAUGUUUGCAAUUCCGUUUGGCACAGAAAUUACACACUUCACCUUUAAAGUAAUUGAUUUUUAUUGAUAGACAUUUGUAAAAUGCCGCAUGUUGUUUUCCCCUGUGGCCUUAGAACAUUUAAUCAAUUUUGUCUAGUUCAUUUGCAGCUACAUGUCAUUUCCUGUUUUUGUUAGUUGUGUUUUAGACUGAUCAGAGAAAGAGAGCGAAUGCAAUGGUGAAAAAGGGUGGAGAUGGCAUGCCCUCUCUCAGUUGGUUGGUUGGUGGUGUCUCGUGGAGUAUUCGAGAAUCAUAGGAAUGAGAGCUUUAGCUUCAGAUUCCCCUGCUGCUUUGAAGCUCGGCUUUGAUCUUAACUAGUCAUGUGCACGGUGUGAUUGGGAGAUAAACAAAUACACAUCAAAAAUAGGAACCAGUGCAGGAGAUUACAAAUGAAGAGCUGUAUUAUUGACAGUGAAAUGAUUGGUUAAAGGGGUAGUUCGGCCAACAUUUUGUCCAUUAAUUACUAACACUCAUGUUUUUCCAACCCUGUAUGUUAGCCUCAGUCACCAUUUACUUACAUUGUAUAAAAAAAAAAAAAGAUGCAACGGAAGUGAAUAGUGACUGAGGCUAAAAUUUCUGCUUAACAUCUCCUUUUGUGUGCAAUGGAGAAAAGAAAGUCAUUAAGGUUUGGAAUAACAUGAGGGUGAGUAAAUUAUGACAGAAUUUUCAGUUUUGGGUGAACUGUCCUUUAAAGGUAUAAUGGGCACUAUGGGAAUUUUACUCUUCCUAAACAAACACACAUUCCUCUAACCACACACUGUAUAGUCAAAAUAUGUGAAUUUAAAAGCCAUGUCGCAUGAUAAAGCUUCCUACUUUUGUUUAUCCACGGUCUUCCCCAUUUCACAUUCAUCAGAGCCCAAUCGUGCAACUCUGUUAGAGCAAGAGUCUCUCCAAAACCUGUUGACCCCAUUGUCCUUGUAGUUUUCCCAGGAUAUGGCUCUCAAACCUUGUAAUAUUAAUGUGAACCUUGUUGCUACCACAUUAGUAAAGGAAGUACGACUCUCCUGCUUGUGCAAAGAUUCAGAGAACUAAAUGUAUUUCUCAGUUCUAAAAUGUUGUGGCACAAGUAAUUGCACUUUGCUGAGAGAGAUUUCUGUAACUCAACGCUUAUUACUAUUUAUUAGAAGACAUUUGAUCCCCUCCAAAAAAAGAGAAAAAAGUUAAUUAGAAUUUUUAUUGUGCUAUUCUGCAGAGCAGAAUAAAAUUUGACAGCACUGGGCAGCUUUCUGAAAUAUCAGCAGUCGACUGCAGUGGUCGCAACGGCUGUUAAUUUUAUAUUUGGCACGAAUUGAGCAAUUUUGUGCACUUUUAUGUUUUUAGCUCAUGUUUUGCUUGGUGAUUGAAAAGCAUGCUACAAACAAGUGAAAUAUUCAUAUUAUCUUCAUAUUACAGAACUUAAUCGUUCAGAGGAAACAAAAAUGAAAGAAAGGCUUUUGUAGUCACCCCAGAGGUGAAUAUCCUUCCAUUUUCAAUCAUACAAAAUUAUAAACAAAUCUCUCUUUGUAGAUACUGGAUUUCUGUAACAUAGUACAUAGAAAUAAUAAUGACCUCGAUGAUAAUAAUAACACUUAUGGUUGUCUGUUCUUGUUGUUUUUUAAGUGUUGUGAAUUGUAAGAGAGUUAAAGUAUUUAAAAAGAAAAAAAGUUGGUUUGUUUUUUUAAUUGCUUUUGUUUUGUUUACAUAUUAUAUUACUGUGUACCUAUUGUAAAUAUGAAGCACACCUAUUUUGCAAGCCAAGGAUUCACUUUGUACUGUUGUUAUAUAUAAAUAAAAUUUACUGGUUAAACA